AUGCCGCCACGAAAGAAGAGCGCAGCCGCCAAGGGUCCCGCCUCGAUCGCUGAGGAUCUCCCUCUCGACAAUAAGCAGGAAGCCAUGGCAAUGAUCAUCGAACGGCUUGAAAAACUCACCGACAAAAGUGGUCGCUCGGUGUCCGAGUUGUUCUUGGAGUUGCCUAACCGUGAGGACUACCCGGACUACUACCAGAUCAUUCAAACUCCCAUUGCGUUCGACGUGAUCAAUGGCCGUCUUAAUACUGGACAAUACACCGAGGCGACCAUCGGCGACUUUGCCAGGGACCUCAAGACCAUGAUCACCAACGCAAAGACGUAUAACCGCGAUGGUUCAAUGGUUUAUAGGGAUGCCACUUUUCUCGAGUUCUCUGCCGACUUUUGCCGUAGAAUCUUGGAUGUAAUCAAGGACCAUGAAGACAAAGGAGGCAGGCAAUUGGCGGAACUCUUUUUGGAACUGCCCAGUGCAAAAGACUACCCGGAUUAUUACGAUGAGAUUACAAAACCUAUUGCGAUUGGCGACAUUGAGGAAAAGAUUGAUCGGAGCGACUAUCCGACAUUGGAGACGUUUGAGAAGGAUAUCAACCAGAUGUUCGACAACGCAAAGCAGUACAACGCGGAAGGCUCGGAUGUCUAUCUCGAUGCCGAGGAACUGCAGCAGCUCUUCUGGAAAUCGAUUGGCAAGAACGGACGAGGAAGGCAGUCAAAGGGAAAGCGCCCAAGAAAGCACGAGAACGAGCUUCAGGAGGUCUUCCACAAUGGCGAGGUCUACAAAGUUGGCGAUUUCGUUCAUAUCCGCAACGACAACGAUCCAUCCAAGCCGAUCAUCGGAUUGAUCUUCAGUCUCUGGGAAGAUGCCAAAGGUUUCAAGCGGUUAGAUGCAGGGUGGUUCUUGCGACCGGAGCAGAUUAUUGUUCCUUAUGCAAGUCGCUUUUACCCCUCUGAGGUUGUCAAGAUGUCGGAGCGUGUGGACUAUUUCCUGGGUGACGUUCAGGGACGGUGCUAUGUGUUGCAAACCAAAGAUUACAUUCGCGGACGACCCGCAUCAUGGAAGGAGGGGCAGACCAUCUACGUCUGUGAGCAGCGCUACAACGAAUCCUACAAGUCUGUCACCAAGAUCAAGAACUGGCCUGCUUGCCUGCCACCGGAUCAGAAGCACGACAAUUUGGCUCUGACCCCGUACCCUUACCCCCUUGUUCUCAAGAAGCUCCCAAGUGCAUCGAUGUUGAACAGGGUAGGAAAGCAGGACACAAGCGAACCUAUGUCCCGAACCAGCACGCCCCAAAGCAGCGCGGCGUACACGGCAGAAUCGGAGGCAGAAUUGGAGGAGUCAGACGUAUCGGAGGAACCAGAUGAGCCAUCACCCAGCGCCUCGCCAAGAGUCUCGCCCGAGGCGACAUCCAAGAUGAAGCCCAAGGCAGCACCCAAGAAGGCAGCACCCAAGAAGACUACGCCCAAGACUACACCAAAAGCACCACCGGCACCGAAAACAACGAAAAUCAACAAACGUAAAUCCUCUCUGAUUCAGUCGGAGGUCCUUGCCGCCCAGCCGACAAAAUCCGCCAAGAUUAUCAAAAAGGCAAAAUCGUCUGAGCAGGAGUCUCUUGAACCAGAGGAAUCAGCUCCAGUGCGACCAUCGUCUCAAGUCAUCUUUCAUUGCGUCUACCCCAACCCGGGCACCAAGACCGUCUGCUCAGAAAAAUUCACAGAUGAGACAGACCUCGCCCGACAUGUAUCUGAAAAGCACACUAUUAGCGCUCCAAGACCCAGCCAGGCAGCGGAUGUGGCAACCAACGGGACGCGUGUGCAGAAGGUCUCUGCAGGACAUUCGGUCGAGCCCAGUUCGCCUUCAACACCCACUCCAGUCCAAACAGCACCGCCCACUAUAAUGGGACAGAGUCAGAAUGCUUACCAAAACAGCCAGUACAGCGCCGUCGACCCCUACUCUACGCCAUCAGGAGCUCGACCCACAGUCCCAAGUCAGCAGAUGUAUUCUACGGCAUACCAGCAACAGCCACCACAGCAGCAGACGAUGCAAUACAUGCAGUCUUCACACCAACGUGGCUUGUCAUACCCUCAGGAUUACAGCCAGUCAGCUUUGCAUGCUGGAGCAACCCGACCACAGGCUUAUGCUCAAAGCGCAUCCUAUAGCCAGCCUUACGGACAACCCUACGCUAUGCAACAGCAACAGACAGCCUAUAACUCUUAUGGUCAACCGCAGUUCCAGCAAGGAUACUCGACUGCUGGGUACCCGAUGCACCAACAAAACCCGUACGCUCAGGCGCAGCCAGUCUCCCACCAGCCUUACCAUCAGCAACAGCAGCAGCAACACUACAGCCAACAAUAUACGACACAGGCGACACAGGCGACACAGGCGACACAGCCAUCUCAAAGCCGCCAUUUGCCCGCACCGGUUCCAUCACAAAGCCAUCAAAGUCACCCUCAGGACUUUACUCAACAGCAGCGGAUGGUUCAACAGCAGCAAUUUGCACAGCAGCAGCAAUACAUGGUCCAACAACAACAGCAGCAGUUUGUUCCGCAGACGGCAGGCUACCACCAGCGGAGUCUUUCACACCAGUCCCAGUCGACGCAUCAGCCGCCGCAAUCGCAACAGCAGUAUCAGCCUCCUUCGCCAUUGACAGUUGUGGCAUCCCAGCCAUAUGCAACCGUGAACCCUACAUACCAACAGCAGGCGUACAUGCCUCCUUCCAGUAUGGCAUAUAGCACAAGUGGUCAUGGCUCGUCGCUGUCGAACGCCUCUUCACACGGAUCAACCACAACGUUGACGACUGCAAUGGAAGGCGUUGGAUUGGGGCUUUCGGGUGUGACGAGUGCUACUCAUGGGCGUGUCGCUGCCCCAGCAGGAAUGGCGGAUGCUGUUGCCUCGGGUCCUGUUGGUUACAUGAACGGCAACCUGCAGACCUAG